AUGAAACAUGAUUUUUUGAAAGAAAAGGAGUUGAAAAUAAUAGAGAAAAUAGGUGAAGGUUCAUUUGGUUAAGUGUUUAAAGGAUUAUACAAAGGAGAAAUAGUGGCUAUAAAAGUAAAAUAGUGUGUAAAUAACAUUAGUCUAUGUAAGAUGCAUAAUUAUAGGAAACAUCAAUAAUGGAGAGUCUGAAACACAAAAACAUAAUUAAAUUUUAUAAGGUUUGAGAUUGUUAAUAUUAAAUAUAGUAUUUUAGAUAAGGAAACAAUUAGUAUUUGGUGAUGGAAUAUGCUGGAGGUGGUUCUUUGAGUGAUUAUAUGAAAUAAAAUUUAGAUGAAGAAACAAUUAGUAGCAUAAUGAAAUCUAUAUUUGAAGCAAUUGAAUAUCUUCAUUCUAAAUAAAUAAUACAUCGAGAUAUUAAACCAGGUAAUAAUUAAAACACAAUAAUUAAUUAGAUAACAUCUUAAUAUUGAAUGGUAAAGAUCUUUCAAGUAUUAAGAUUGCUGAUUUUGGUUUAAGUUAUUAAUAUAUGCCAGAAAUUCGUUAUUAUUAAACAGUUUCUUAAUAAUGUGGUACCUUUAUAUUUAUGGCACCUGAAUAAAUUUUAAAUAAAACAUAUAAUAAAGCUGUUGAUAUGUGGUCAUGUGGAAUUGUUUUAUUUAUGUUACUCAAUCAAGGAAUCCAUCCAUUUUAUCCUAGAAUUUCAACUAAAAAGGAUUUUAUAAAUAGUUUCCCUGAUUUAAAAUAUGAAUAACCUUUGCAUUCUUCACCAUUAGCAAGAGAUCUUCUUUAAAGAUUAUUAUAAUAUGAUUAAGAUUCUCGAUAUACAGCAUCAUAAGCUUUAUUACAUCCAUGGAUUACUAGAAAUUUUAAUCAUCCUAUUCCUAUGAGUGUAAAAGAAUUUGGUAUUUGUUAAGAAUAAAAAAUAAAAGUAUUACUUUUAUUUUAAUUAGAUUUUUCUAUUCUUAAAAGCUAUAUUAUUUUUAAAUUAACUUUAAUAGGAUUCAAUUAAAUAAUCUCCUAUUUAAUCAAGAACUGAUUUAGGAGAUUUUAAAAUAUCAAUUAUUGAAUUUGAUGAAGAUAAUUAUGAUUCAAAUUAUUAAGAUAAUAACAGUCCUAAAAAUUAAUAAUUCUUUAAUAAAUUAUCAAUUUCCAGACCUAAUAAAAUCUUAAAAUCUUAUCGCACUCUUAAUAAUAUUCCAUACAAAAGUAAACAUUAUCAAUUAAAUGCUAUUCUUAAUUAAACUAAUGACUCACCAAUCAGAGAUUUUAAAAAAAUUAAAUUAUAACAAUAAUUUAGUGUUGAUAAUGAACAAAUCAACAUUCCUAUAGACCCUGAAUCUCCAAAAAAACACUUAAAAGCACCCUCAUCAAAUAAACUACUUUUACCUACAUUAACAGAAUCAACUUAAAUAUCCCUUAGUCCUAUCAAAUAAAAAUAAAAACAUCUCAUUAAGUAAAAUUCCUUCAGAAAAUCAGAAACUUCUUUUUUUAUGGGUUUAAAUAGAAUCAAUAAUGAUUCUGCUCUUGAAACAGGAACUUUUAGAAAUAGAGUUGAAACUUAUGAUAAAACUCAAAUCCCUCUUAUCAAUACAUAAAGAUUUUAUGGAAGAAAUAAUUUUACAAACUUAGUGAUUUCACCCAAAAAUAAUAUUGUCACAUCCAAUAAUCUUCUUAUUCCCAAGAAAAUAAUAUGAUA